UCCUCUUUCCUCCACUCCACGCGUUUUGGGUACUUGUCCUGCCCUUUGGACCUCAGGAACUCUGUGUUCCUCCCAUGGCAUACACAGUCUGCAGUAAUCUUGCACCGCAUCACCUUCUCUGUAAAUCAGGGAUCUGCCAUGGCAUGCUAGCUGUGGUUGCUAAAGGCUGGGAAACACAUAGAAGUCCUUGCACCAGUCUAUGGAAAACGUGUCAUGGAGGUCUGCACAUUCUUCCUUUGUGCUAUGAUAUUUCUCCCAGGUAUUGCUGCCAGCGUGCAUCCGGUGAAAGCAUUUCUCCAUCACACUGUACACCUAUCCUGCUAUUUCCCAAACUCUCAGAAAAUUGACCUAAAGAAUUUAAUACUUUUUUGGCAAAAAGACACUAAUAAAGUGGUGCAUGAAGUAUAUUAUGGCCAAGUAAAACAUGAGAACCUUAGUCCUGAAUAUAUAAAUCGCACCAAGCUGGACACGGGGAAGUGGACCUUGCAGCUGUUAAAUGCAGGAGUUGAGGAUGAGGGACGCUAUGAGUGCAUUAUUAUGCAAAAAAAACCUGAACGACCAAAAGAGAUCAUACACCAAUCUGAGUGCUCACUACACAUCAUUGCCAACUAUAGCCAGCCUGAGAUAGCAGAACUGCACUCUGGGGAACUAAAGCCCAAUGGAUACUUGAAUCUUUCCUGUUCUUCCAGUGGAGGUUAUCCAGAGCCCAAGGAGAUGACUUGGCUAAUUUCACAUGAGAACAUAACACACAGCAGUACAGCUCACAUGGAUGUCUCACAGGAUGCUGUGACAAAGCUGUACAACGUUACCAGCAAGCUGAAUAUCCCGGUUCCUACGAAGAGCCGCACUAAUAUCAGCUGUUUGCUUCACCUUAAGGAGCAGCUGGGAAGCCUUGUCUCAGUCCCGCUGGGCAUAGAGAUACAAGAGAAAGAAAUGGAGCAAGCAAAGAUAAAUUUCCUUGGCCCACUUAUAGCUGUGGUUGUGCUGAUCACUUCUGCGCUUCUUCUGGGUUUUGUGAUAUUAAAGAAGAACAGAAAUAUCUUGUCUACCAACCAGAGUGUCAGUCUAGCAGUCUAGAAGCUAUCCAGCUUGAAACUGAGGCCAUCAGGAGACUUCUGAUUUGGAACCUCCUCUGCACACAGCAAAGCAUAAAGGUGCCAUGUUUUUAGACAUCCUACCAGAACAAGAAUCCUCUCCAGAAGCCCUACAGAACAACAAGCAACACUUUUGUGUGAUGGCUGAAACCUACUGCCCAGUGUUCUCUGGUUUUAUUUUUGCUCCAGAAUGGUAGUAAAUAUGAUGCUCUGCCUGUCUGCAUGACUACCUUCUUGUUGUAUCUUUUAUUAUGCACUGUGACAAUGUAAAAUCCUGAGAGUCAAUGGAGAAAGAAGAGCUGCAUAGGUCACAGAAUGUCUCAGAAAUAGAAGUAUUUAAGUCACAAUCUCUGAAUUAUAACCAUCACUGCAAACACGAUCAGAGGUAGGCUAUUACCCAUGGAACUUGUGUUGGAAGGGACCUUGAAGGUCAUCUAGUUUCAAACUUCCUGCCUAACCAUGAGCCAUACAUGUUUUUGGCAGAGCCAUCAUGACUUUGUACCAGUAAAUUUCUUGUAAAGCUUCACAGAGAAAGAGGAACUUCAGGGCACUUCCCCACCUUCUGAGAAAAGACAUGGAAUUCCUAUCAAGCACUUGAAACUAAAAAUAAUAUAAAGGAAACACUUGCUUUAAACAUAAUUUAUGAUUAACUUCAUUUUUUUUUUUUUAUAUCAUCCAAGCUUAAUAUACCAGACAGUACCUCCACACUUUGUUCCUCUGUUCCUCAUUCUGACUGAGAACUGUAACAGUUGCUCAGGUGGAUGCAAGGACAGAAAAUGAUUGCAUGAGAUGUCAUAUGUGUGUAUAUCUAACCAUACAAAAUUAGGCUGAGCACAUAAUGAAAAAAUAUUACAUAAGUCAUGUUCCUUUUUGGUUGAUUAUGUUCUCUCUUUUUUAAUUUUACUUCAGACCUUGAUGAUAGAGCAAUUCAUACACUGUGGUAUGUUCAGCCCUAGGAAGGAAUUUUAUCUUCCAGAAAAGAUCCUUUGUUUGGCUCAAAAUGUGUCAGUUCUCCCAUCUUGAAUGAUCUCUGCACUUUAUAUUCUUCAAUAGCACUGACAUCUUUCAGGAGGAAGAAUGCAGCAGAACUGAGACAAUUCUGAAAUCUUGAUUGUGUUUGUAGGGCUGACACUUUCAGAAAGAGCAGGGACAUUAGCAUCAUAUUCUCAAGACAGAUUUCAGCUCAAAGUUGCAGUCUGGGGACAUAAAUUCUCUACAGUUGUUGGGUAGAAAUAUUCUUUUCUGUUAAAUUAUGUGAGUUGCUAUUCCACUUGAGUUGAGAUUCCACCUCAAUUUUUACUCCAUUUUCAAGUGUGUGAGAGAAAUGCAUAUCCUUUUGAGCUAGAUAAACUAUCUGGGAGUCAGUUUAUUAAGCUAUUACACUAACAUUCCAAAUAUUUUUAUUCAGAUUAAUAUCAUUCAAAUGUUAUUAGAAGGUAAAGGUUUUAAUUUUUUGUAAAAUUUUAUACUUUCUAGCAAACUUAUUUAAUGACAGAUUAAAAC